AUGGCGAAUUCUUCUCAAAUGACACAACUACAGGAGUUAUAUCGUAGUUUGUAUGCAACAGAACUAACUGAGAAGUUGCCAGCAUCUUGGCGACGCAAAGAAUAUCAAUCAUCUUUUAAGAUCUCGCCGUCAGGGCUGUCGGUAACGCGCAUUGCCGAAACAGCUCCUCCAUUUUCAGGGACUUCAAGAAAUCCCAACGAAGAGCCAAAUAUUCUAGAAGGUACUAGUACCUCCGUGAUCAUUAAGAGCGACAACCCUGUUCCUUUUAACACGGGGAUAUAUUAUUAUGAAACCGAAAUUUGCGCAGUUAAAUCCAAAUGCCUUAUCGUGAUAGGGUUUUCAACAAAAAACAUAUCCAGACUCACAGUUUGGGAUUCGAGCUGUUAUGGUUUGGAUAAUAGUGGUGCUCUGUUCCAUUCUUCUCCGGACACAGUAAUUUGUCCUAAUGGAUUCAAAGAAAAGGAUAUAAUAGGCUGCGGCGUCAAUUUCAUAACAAAUUCUCUUUUCUUCACCAAAAAUGGUCAGUUUUUGGGUAAUGGUUUUGAGGGUGUUGUUUCUAUAUUAGGAACUUCUGAGGUCUAUCCCGUGAUUUUAAUGACUGGACUUCAAACCAGAAUUUUGACAAACUUUGGAGAGCAACCUUUUGUCUACCCAAUUUUUAAACAUAUUUCAUAUGAACGCUUUUCACAUGAGAGCCAACUUGUUAGUGUUCUGAGCCGUGAUUUUAUCGAUGUCAAGAUGAGAGAAUUCGAACUACAACUGCAUUCUGGAGUCUCCUGGUUAAGCAACACUUACGCCCAACGGGUGCCUACUUGCUUGGUUUCAUACUCAGCUCCUUGUGCCGACGCUGCACUCUGUCUAGCUGUUCACAUUGGUCAAUUGGCCGCAUCCAACGGUGGUGACUGGGGUCCACACUUGUUAAUCACUCCACGUCUCCUCUUGCCUACUUGGCGUGCUCGUCUCAUGGCAGUUUGUCCUGGUUUACGAGUCCAAUGUGUUCUGGCAAGCUCCCGAGGUGGUACUGGUCGUCGACUCAAAGCUUCUGCUGCCCGAGGUGCUUUCCAUGUUUGUCUCACCACAUAUUCGGCUUUGAGGUCAAGGCCGUCUAGGUUUGAGGGCAUAUCGUGGCAUAUGGUUGUCCUUGACCAGAACUGUAUUAGUAUCUUGAGAGAGGUUCUAAUCGGAUAUUAUCAGGUUAUCUACUGA